GUGCAUAUGUAUAUAUUUUUUUAGUUUAUUCCUCGAAUAGAUUGUUGACUCUUGGCUCAAUCUUCCUCUCUUUCUCUUUCUCCUUAUUCGUCCCUCUUCUUCUUCGUUUCCUUUUUUGGUUUUUGUAAGAUCUACAAAAAAAACCCUAGAAAAGAGAGGAACCACAGGAGAGUCAAUUAGAGAACACAAUUGAUGGGAAGAGGGAAGAUUGUGAUCCAAAGGAUCGAUGAUUCUACCAGUAGACAAGUCACUUUCUCCAAACGAAGAAAAGGUCUUAUCAAGAAAGCCAAAGAGCUAGCAAUUCUCUGUGACGCCGAGGUCGGUCUCAUCAUCUUCUCUAGCACCGGAAAGCUCUAUGACUUUGCCAGCUCCAGCAUGAAGUUUGUUAUUGAUAGAUACAACAAGAGCAAGAUCGAACAACAACAACUACUGAACCCCGCAUCAGAAGUCAAGUUUUGGCAGAGAGAAGCUGCGGUUCUAAGGCAAGAAUUGCAUGUUUUGCAAGAAAACCAUAGCAGACAAAUUAUGGGGGAACAACUAAAUGGUUUGAGCGUCAACGAGCUAAACAAUCUUGAGAAUCAACUUGAGAUAAGCUUGCGUGGAAUUCGUAUGAAAAAGGAACAAAUGAUGAAUCAUGAAAUCCAAGAACUAAGCCAAAAGAGGAACCUCAUUCAUCAGGAGAACCUAGAGUUAUCUCGAAAAGUACAACGAAUUCAUCAAGAAAAUGUGGAGCUCUACAAUAAGGCUUAUACAGCAAACACAAACGGGUUUAUACACCGUGAACUAGCUGUGGCGGAUGAUGAAUCACACAAUCAAAUUCGGCUGCAACUAAGCCAACCGGAUCAUUCCGAUUAUGAGACCCCACCUAGAGCAAGCCAAUAACACUAUGUAGUAGUAGACUUUCUGAGAUGAUCUUGAUUAAUCAAAAAUACUAUAGACAGUCUCAUAUAUUAAUGUAACUCGUUUAAAAUUUCACAGAUUUAUGUGCGGAGAUACCAUGACGUUAAAGAAUAAACUAAAGGUGUUUGAAUA